AUGGUUCGCAUCAAGGAACGGUACCUACUCGUCAACAUCAUCUACCCCCCCGACGCCAAAAACGCCGCCACGCACAACGUCCCCAGUCUCGUGGUUCAGCACCAACCGACUCGGGAGACGCUGACGCCCCAGGCUCUGCUGAAAGGGAUCAGGGCGCACGUUGCGCUUUUGUUCGGCGACUGUGGCUUGGGGGCGUUUGAAGGAACACUAUCAGUCAAAUACCUGUCUCUUGCCACGUCUACUUUCAUCCUGAGGUGCCCUAGAGCUCAUUACCGGAUGCUGUGGUCCGCGUUGACUUGCAUGGACCGCAUUCCCACCAAAGACGGGCGACCCUGCAUUUUCCGCGUCGUGCGCGUCAGCGGCACCAUCCGGAAAGUGGAAGAAGAGGCUAUCCGCCAGGCGAGGCAGCUCCUCCUGGAAGUCAAGCAGCGUUCAGAUGCUGCGUCGCAGCUUUCGCAAUCAUCAUGGUUCCAGCAGAGGGAGCCCUUGCUCGAUAUCGUGGACAAGGAGAGCCCAGAGGUGAAAGACAUGUCGGACAUGCAGGAAGAGGCUGGUUGA